AUGGAGUUUGAAACAAAGGUAGGAGAUGAAGAAGAUCAUCACCAUCAUCAUCUUCUUCCUACCCACCAGCAGCCAACUUUCUUCUCUGAUCAUCACAGUAAUUACAUGAAACCCUACACGAAAGAUGAGUUUCUCUUCGAACCUCCAUUGUCAAAGGGAACAUUUCUUCAAGAUUUCAACCUUCUUGAUGAUAAUCAUCAUUUUCAUGGCCAUCAUGGGCCAUCUUCAAAUCUCAUAUUUGGUGUCCAAACACCAUGUUAUGAUCCUUUUGAUGCUUAUACCUCAUAUGGGUGUUCAACCAAUUUUGAUUUUUACGAGUCUAAGCCGUUAAUCUCAGAGAUCAAUAACGGACAUGGCCAUGUCAUGGAUAAUUUUCAGAGUGGAGAGUACAUGAAUCUGCAUCAUCACCAUCAUCAUCAUCAUCAUCUUCAGUUGGGAAAUGUUGUUGAUCAUAUGAAUCAGUCAAGUAAUGUAGGGUUUGAUUACCCAUUAGUGAAACCCAUGAAUUUCAUAGUGCCAGAUGAAGUUUCGUGUGUAUCUGCAGAGGAUGAUUACUACAAGAAAGCUGAUAUGCAAAAGAAUAGGGUUUUUCCUUGGAAGAAGACAUGGAAGACUCGCAAAAGGAAUACUAUAGUGAAAGGCCAAUGGACCAUUGAAGAGGAUAGGCUUUUAGUUCAACUGGUUGAAAAAUAUGGAGUAAGAAAAUGGUCUCACAUUGCUCAGAUGCUUCCUGGGAGGAUUGGAAAGCAGUGCAGAGAGAGAUGGCAUAACCAUCUCAGACCUGAUAUCAAGAAGGAUAUAUGGAGUGAAGAAGAGGACAAGGUGCUAAUAGAAGCCCAUAUGGAAAUAGGAAACAAAUGGGCAGAGAUUGCAAAACGACUGCCAGGAAGGACUGAAAACGCAAUCAAGAACCACUGGAAUGCCACCAAAAGAAGGCAGUUCUCCAAGCGUAAAUGCCGUUCUAAGUACCCUAGAGGUACCCUUUUGCAGGACUACAUUAAAACCCUAAACUUAGGACCUCCUCCCACUGCUAGGUCAACAACAAACUCCAAACCUCAAACGACGUCGUCCCACCCUCCACUGUUACAGACGCCAUGGACCUUCUGCCCAGAUGAUCAUGAUGAGGUUCAGGAUCAUCGCUUGGUGCAGGAUUAUGAUUUCCACGACUUCGGUUUUGAUGAUAAGUUGCUUCAAGAUCAAAGCUGUACCAUCGAUUCUCUGCUUGAUGAUAUACCCACUUGCACUGCCGAUCCUGAUCAGAAACAUGAGUCUACUCAGAUGGACAUGGCUCAGUUCGUGGAUUUCAAGAAGGAGCUGGAUCUCAUGGAGAUGAUAGCCAAUGUUUAA